AGGGCGAACACACCGACGCUUUUGAUCCAGAAAGGGAGGACUCGUCCCCCGCUGACCCCCUCCCUGCCUCCCCGCCUCACACGACCAUGACGAUCCUGCCGAAGAAGAAGCCCAGCUCUGGGGUCGGCGUCUCGGACCACGCCGAUGACAGUGACCGUCGGAGCGGCUCCGACCCGCACCAGCACCCGCACCAGCAUCCGCACACGGGGCGAACCGGAGCCCGGCCGAGGGCUUCCCCUCCGCCGUGGUCCUACCAGCCCGCUCCGCCCUCCAGUAGGGACGACCGGCGGAGCAUCGAGGCGAGCUCCCGGCCGCAGCAGGCCUCUCCGCCGCCCGUCGGCUCCGUCUCCCCGGUAGGGCCGGGCGACGGUAGGGACAGCAGCGGCGGUAUGGUGGCCGGGGCCCGCGGGGAGCUCGUCGUGUCGGCCGGUGUGGUCGGCUGCGGCGGAGGCAUCGGCAGCUGCUGCUCCGGGCCCGGGCUGAGCAAGAGGCGGCGGCAGGCAGGCACCUGCUCCGGCGGGGUGGUGGCGGCUCUGGCCGGCGGAGGCCAGCCCGGAGUGACCGGGCCGGGAGGAGUUGGGUCCAGCCAGGACACGGAAGAAGGAGCCGGGAACAACAGCGAGGACGAGUACGAGAACGCCGCCCGGCUGCAGUCCGUGGACCCGGCCACCGUGGAGCAGCAGGAGCACUGGUUUGAAAAAGCUCUGAGAGAGAAGAAAGGCUUUGUCAUUAAGAAGAUGAAGGAGGACGGAGCGUGUCUGUUCAGAGCUGUCGCUGAUCAGGUCUACGGAGAUCAGGACAUGCAUGAAGUGGUCAGAAAACACUGUAUGGACUAUCUGAUGAAGAACGCCGACUAUUUCUCCAACUACGUGACAGAGGACUUCACCACAUACAUCAACAGGAAGAGGAAAAACAAUUGCCACGGCAACCACAUCGAGAUGCAGGCCAUGGCCGAGAUGUACAACAGACCGGUGGAGGUGUACCAGUACAGCACAGAGCCAAUCAACACGUUCCAUGGCAUCCACCAGAACAACGACGAGCCAAUCAGAGUGAGCUAUCACCGCAACAUUCACUACAACUCUGUAGUGAAUCCCAACAAGGCCACGAUCGGGGUCGGACUGGGACUGCCCGCCUUCAAACCAGGGUACGCAGAGCAGUCUCUGAUGAAGUCGGCCAUCAAGACGUCGGAGGAGUCGUGGAUCGAGCAGCAGAUGUUGGAGGACAAGAAGAGAGCGACGGACUGGGAGGCCACCAACGAGGCCAUCGAGGAGCAGGUGGCCCGGGAGUCCUACCUGCAGUGGCUGCAGGACCAGGAGAAACAGGGCAGACAGCCCCGUAAGGCCAGCGCCACCUGCAGCUCGGCGACGGCGGCGGCCUCCAGCGGCCUGGACGACUGGAGCGCCAGGUCGCCGCGGCAACGCGACUCAGACCCUUCCCACUCCGACCUCACAGCUGCUCCGGCGACCAACAACAAGCCCCCCUCCCCUGCCGGAGCCGCCCUCAUCCUGAGCAAACCCCCCUCCCCCUGCGCACCAGGUCCCAGUAAUCAGAGUCGUCAUCAUUUGGAGUACAGAGCCAUCAUGCAGGAGAUGUCGCCCACAGCGUUUGGUCUGACAGACUGGGAGGACGAUGAGAUUUUGGCGUCGGUACUGGCCGUCUCUCAGCAGGAGUACCUGGACAGCAUGAAACACCAGAGCACCGCCAUGCAUCGAGAGCGGGAGCCGUCACCUGACAGCAGCUGAUAGCCGGCCGACACUCACAAACACACACACACACACACACAUACACACGCACAACGAUGACCUUUGACCCCCCCC